UACAACCAAACAAUCAGCAAGAUGACUAGCCUCUCCGCCAAGGACAAGGAGACAGUGAGGACCUUCUGGGACAAAGUGUCCGGCAAAGCAGAGGACAUCGGCACCGAUGCUCUGUCCAGGAUGCUGGUGGUGUACCCGCAGACCAAGACCUACUUCUCCCACUGGAAGGACCUGAGCCCCGGCUCUGCCCCCGUGAGAAAGCACGGAAAAACCGUGAUGAAUGGAGUUGGAGAUGCUGUGAGCAAAAUUGAAGACUUGACAAGCGGUCUGCUGAACCUCAGCGAGCUGCACGCCUUCACUCUGCGUGUGGACCCUGCCAACUUCAAGAUUCUUGCUCACAACAUCCUUGUUGUCCUGGCCAUAAUGUUCCCCCAGGACUUCACUCCCGAGGUCCAUGUGUGUUUGGACAAGUUCCUGGCUGCCCUGGCUCGCGCCCUGGCUGAGAAGUACCGAUAAACUGGGAAAGGACGCAGACAGCAGACAGCGAACAGGCAGCUUGGAUACUCUCUGUCAGUCUGAAUAUACGAAUAAA